AUGGCGCCGGGCACGAGUACUGGGAGCGGCGCGUUGUCCGUCGUCCGGGUCGAUCCGAAAUUUUCCGACGAGGCUCUGGAAAAGCGACUGCAGGGCUGGACCCUACUUGUGGAUAAUUUCUCGUGGUUGAGUGGCCGUGUCGCGCAAGAUCAGUGGCAGCUGUCCAAGGAUUGGAAGACUGCGGUCGCGCAAGGUGGCGUGCUCGCGGAUCCUCUGCGCAAGCUCCUGGCCACAACCGAAGGGAAGAUUGCAGGCUUGCUCGACGUUCCUACAUUUGUGGCGCAGGGACCAGGAUCCGGGAGCUUCAGCACCUGCAAAAGCUCUCGGCACGGCGACGUGUCAUUUUACGUGGCGUGCAUCAAGUUGCCACACGAUUUUUAUCGUUCCCCCAAGCCGAGCAGCACACGCAGCUCUACUACAACGUCCUUCACAGAGGAAGGAGACGCACCUCAACAGGUCGCGUCACCAGCGCCACCGGAUCCAUCAGAAGAAAUUGAAGUGCACGCAAAAGGAUCAAGCGCAUCGUCCACGCUGGAGAGUAACGUGGAACAGGACAGGAGGCCUUGCGAAUUUUUCUGCAUCACACCAACAGAACGAGAACGCAAUCGCACAGGUGAUCGACAUGCUGCGCCGCCCGCACCACUUCCUGUUCUGCUGGACGCGAUUCAGGAUUCUCUCUGUGACGGAACGUUGUUCUCACAGAUGCACGAGUUCCCCGAAGGUGUGUCCAUUGCCCUCCCAGCGUUUGCUCUGAAGAAGCUAGAAGCGCUUGGCAAAACCGAAAAGAAACCGGAAUCAGCGUCGAGCAUGUUAAGGGCUACCGAAUUACAUACCGCACUACCAUCCUUGGCCCUUUUUCUACGAGAAACGUCGGAGCCAAGGAUGUUUUGAGGAAUGUAAUUCUGCAACCUCGUCUAAGUAUGAGAUGUGUCCAACGACCUCCAACAGAGAUGUGUCCUGGUUUGAAAUCUGCGCGCGACAGCACAACAAGAUCCGUUGCGCUUGCUCGAGGCACGUAUUUGCAUGAAGUUGACCGGCCAUCUCUGUGUGGAAUCCGAUGUCCAGGGUCAGGAGAGAUCCUUUGUCUCGCGACUCUCGCCUAUCCCAGCGAGCACUCUCCCAGCGAGGAAGAUUGCCUAAUAUCCCGCCAUUCCAAAGAAAGUGAAGCUGCAUCUUCUCAAUAUCAACAUCAACAUCAACUUAUUUUGUCAGAUGCACGAGAUCGAGAAAGUGCGCGCGGAAGAUCGUUGUGGUCUCCGUCAGCUGCCGGUGACACGAGGAUCAGAUGCUGUAUCUCCGCGAGCACUCCGACGACGUCGGCGUGUCCUCUCGACAAAAACGCCAACGCUACUAGUUCGAAUCCGACAGCUUUCUUUGUGGAUCUGGGAUGGAGAAGCUAUCCGACUGCAGUCCAUCCGGAGUACGAAGAUCCGCCGAAGCAAGACGACGACACGAAGCACAAGCGACUUCUGAAGUUAUCGUGUGAAACAAGUGAAGAUAGAGAAGAAGAGAAGAUGAGCAGCAACGUGGGUCCCUGUCCACUUCGCAUCGUUUGCUCGGAAUGCCUGAGGCACGGCCUGGCAGGGACCGAAAACGAAGAUCCCAUGCUACGACAGCACGAUCUUGGCAACAAGAACACAGCUGCACGAGAUGAGGCGCAACCACUGGCGGAUUGGGAAGAUACUUCUCUCCAAGGACGUGAGGAGCGAUUUUUCUUGCUUGGCUCUGGUCCAAAUUGUAGUAGUCUUGCAGCAAAAGAAAAGAGCAAGAACAUAGCCGCAACAUCGUCCACAACUACAUCUUGUAGUUUUCCCUCUCUGGCGCAUACCAGAGCUUGUAUUGGCGACACUCAAAAUACAUUUUGGCGAGGGUCGAGAAUUAUCGAUUUCGAUAUGCCAACGAAUAGUGUGCGAGACGACGUGGCAGCCGGAUCCGCGAAGUCACAUGACAGUACCGAAGUCGAGCCGUCCGGCAACACGUCUUCGUCUUGCGAGUGUGGGGCCAGCCUGAAAUCGCAAGGCGAUAGUUUUUUGGAGGUGCGCAGAUAUCCCAAGCCGGAAGAGCCGAAGGAAAUGAUUUUGGGAAGCACGGCAAACAGGGGGAGCUGGUGCAGCAUAAAAAUGACGUCGAGCCGUUUGUUGAGCAGGUUGAAUCCAGAGAGUCGUUCCUUGCUACUGUGGCUCCGAAAUAUGAUGAGCGUCGGUGGCGAGGUGUUCACCGUUCCCGACAGGGCCGAUCCCAGAGCAGUUGGAUACGUAAUUUAUUCGAGCACUUUCUGCUUGUCCCUACUGAUGCGAGCACUCUUUGUCAUGGGAUUCACCCAAAAGAGACCCUAGUGGCAGAAGCAGACGUAAGUAAGUGAAUAAAGUAAAGAAAACUAAUUUAAAAAAGGGCCCCGAGCCUGCGUACUUCAACCCAUCUGACUUCAGGAUGAUAGUGAUUUGAAAUCAUCUGAAUCUGAUCAUCUGAACUUCUGACACCUUAACGCAACCUUUUUCCACUAACAUAAACUUAACCCACCAAAGAAAAGUAGAACACAAGGACUAAGCUUAACUUUCCCGAGUCUGCUAAAGUUUACUAAGUUACCUCAAGUAGAUCAAAACAGUUAUUCGAGCAAGUGCAAAGUGUGUGCGGCGAUUGCUCCACCUGUUCGAGUCAUGGAGCUGUUCGAUCUUCCUGUCCGCUUGUUGCCACGAUACCGUCGACGCGAGAUAUUAAAGGAGAAGGACGCAGCGAAGAAACGGCGACAGCCUGUUGUAGGAGAUUCGGAUCCGGCUGAAGCUCAAACUCAAGACACGACGUUGCAGCAGAGGGCCAAUACUAAUAAUAUUGCCCCCGAACCCCGGGAUCGAAGUGACGGCAGUGCGUCGGAGGCUCAGCUACAGGCCAUUCCGCAACACAGAUACAUCAGUCGUACCUUCCAUGAUGCAGCAACCUCGUUGCACUGAUAUCGGCUCUAUCCUCAUCUCUGGAGUGGCGCGCACGACGACAGACGAUAUCUGGAAGGUGGGUACCAAGCCCGUCUGGACCACGGCAACAAGGUUGCUAAUGAGGUCCGUUCUUCUUCAUCUUCCCUUUGAAGAUGAAGAAGAACGGACCUCAUUAGCAACUGUCUUUUCCGAUCCAUCUUGUUCUCACGCCGGUUUGGUAACUAAAUAUUAUAAGUAAUUCCUUUUCAUACUAACAAGCGUACUAGCUGUACUAGUUUAUGUUACAUGUUUGUUCUCUUCACUCUUUUGCUCUACAAGUUGUACGAAAUAAAAUAGUUCUUUUUUUUCACGCAGCACAUUGUUAUUGUUUCCGUGCACGUAGCACAUUGUUUCCGUGGGAAACGUCUUGAAAUCAUUUCGGUCAGUAGUACAAAGUCCAUGACUCGCUUUCAUUCAUGACAAAUUUUUUUUCAUAUUUUCAUCCUGGAUCGAAGGUCUCUCGGGAUGAAUCACCAUAAAGUACAACGAGCGCAUCCAAAGGAGCGUCACGACACUUUUGCACCACGAAUGUUGAUGAUAAAUGUCUUGCAGAUAGAUGGGAGAAUCCAGCCUAUUAAGAGAUAGUAGUGUG